AUGGUGCUGUUCAAGAUGCUCAACCGCGGCGUGUUUGCGGAGAUCAACGGCGUGGUGUCCACGGGCAAGGAGGCUAACGUGUACCACGCCACCAACCCCGCGGGCGAGGAGCUGGCCAUCAAGGUGUACAAGACCUCGAUUUUGGUGUUCAAGGACCGCGACAGGUACGUGGUGGGCGACUCCCGCUUCCAGCGCUACUGCAAGUCCAAUCCGCGCAAGAUGGUCAAGAUGUGGGCGGAGAAGGAGCUGCGCAACCUGGCGCGCCUGCACGCCGCCGGUGUGCGGGCGCCGCAGCCCCUGCAGCUGCGCAUGCACGUCCUAGCCAUGCAGUUCCUGGGCUCGGGCGGCGUGGCGGCGCCGCGCCUGCGCGAUGCGGGGCUGCCCCCGGCGCGCAUGCGCCAGGCGUACGGCGAGAUGGUGCUGCUCAUCCGCACCAUGUACCAGAAGUGCCGGCUGGUGCACGCCGACCUCUCCGAGUACAACGUGCUGGUGCACCAGAACGAGCUCUGGAUCAUCGACGUCAGCCAGAGCGUGGAGCCGGACCACCCCCGCGCCUUUGACUUCCUGCGAGAAGACUGUCUGCAUGUGAACGACUACUUUCGACGCCAGGGUGUGGCCACGCUGACGGUGAAGGAGCUGUUUGACUUUGCCGUGGACCCCGCAGUGACCGACGACAACCUGGACGAUACCAUGGACGCCCUGAUGCAGCUGGCUGCCGGCCGGCCGAUCGACACGAGCUCCGCGCCAGACAGCUCAGUGGCGGACGCGGUGUGGGCCCAGGCCUUCAUCCCAAAGAAGCUGGACGAGGUGGCCAACCACGAGCGCGACCACGCGCGCCUGCAGGCCGGCGAACCUGUGGAGGGCAUCUACUACCAGGCCCUGGCCGGGAUGAAGGCUGACAUGAGCGGCGCGCGCACGCUGCCGCUCGCGCUGGAGAUCGCGGAGGAGAAAGUGGGAGAAAGGCAUGACGCUGCGUCCGGCAGCGAGGCCGGGAGCAGCAGCAGCAGCAGCGGCGGCAGUGGCGACAGCAGCGGCAGCGAUGCCGAGAGCGGAGACGAGGCCGGCGCCGGGGCGGGGUGGACGGACGGCAAGCCGGCGCAGUCCAAGGAGGAGAUCCGGGCGGCACGGCGGGAGCACAAGAAGGCGGUGAAGGAGAGCAACCAGGAGCGGCGGAAGAAGAAGCUGCCCAAGAAGGAGAAGGCGCGGAAGCUCGCAAAGUCCAAGUCUAAGAAGAAAUAG